AUCCUCUUUUCGCCAUAGCCUUCUUUCUUCCGACCUGAACAAAACCAGCAUUUUUUGCAUCUCCGAGCUUCUUCUCUGUGGCCAAAAGAAACAAAGAUGUUGCUCCAAGCUCUGCUCCUCUUUCUUGCAAUGAACCUCUCUUCCUCAUAUGACAUUGCCUUCAACUACUCGAGCUUCCAUGGAGCAAACAUGAGCUUAAAUGGUGUUUCAGAGAUCACAGGUAGUGGAGUCUUACAGUUAACCAAUAAUUCUCAACCACUGAUAGGUCAUGCUUUUUACUCCAACCUCUUGCAAUUCAAGAAUUCCUCAAAUGGAAGUGCUUUCUCUUUCUCCACAGCUUUUGUGUUUGCUAUCACCGUUCCCCUUGUCUUCCCAGGUUCUGGCCUUGCCUUUGUGAUCUCUCCUACUACUCACUUCGAAGAAGCCGAUUCGGCUCAGUACCUCGGACUCUUUGGCCUCACAGGCAAUGGUGACCCCCAAAACCAAGUUUUUGCAGUGGAAUUCGACACCCUCCGGAACAUCGAUGUAGGCGACAUCGAUAGUAACCAUGUGGGCAUCGACCUCAAUAGCGUCAGAUCGAAUGUAUCCGCUCAUGCGGCCUAUUACCUCACAGAGAAUAAUAAGACCACCAUACAUAAUCUAAGUCUCACGAGUGAAGACCCAAUUCAGGUAUGGAUAGAAUAUGAUGGUACAGAGAAGCUGCUGAAUGUAACUCUGUCUCCUAUCGGAAUAGCAGGAAGGACUGGGCAGCCUUUGAUUUCUUACGGGGUCGAUCUCUCCCCAACCCUACAGGAGUUCAUGUACGUGGGCUUCUCUGCAAGCACAGGCAUAGUGGCGAGCUACCAUUCCAUUCUGGAGUGGAGCUUCGCGAUAAAUGGCAGAGCUCGAGAUUUGGAUACCUCUAAACUUCCUUGGUACCCGAGAUCCAAAUCAUCAUCUAAGGGGCUUUCCAUGGUUUCUAUGAUUGGGAUCUCCCUGUCUUCGAUAAUUGUUGCCAUUGCAGCCAUUUCUGUGAUUUUAUUCAUUGUUCGAAGGGGAACAUAUGAGGAAAUUGUGGAAGAUUGGGAGUUGGAAUAUGGUCCCCAUAGGUUCUCAUACAAGGAAAUCUCUAUGGCCACAAACGGUUUCAGAGAUGAAGAGCUAAUAGGAUUCGGAGGCUUUGGGAAGGUUUACAAAGGUGUGAUGCCGGACUCGGGUCUGCAAGUCGCGGUGAAGCAAGUCGCACAGGAAUCAGAGCACAGGGUAAGAGAAUUCCUGGCAGAGGUCUCGAGCAUCGGCAAACUACGACACCGGAACCUGGUACCACUCCUCGGAUGGUGCAAACAGAGAGCCGACCUCAUCAUAGUUUACGAGUACAUGCCCCACGGUAGUCUCGACAAGUACCUUUUCAAUGACGAUAAGCCGCCCUUAGGCUGGAAGCAGCGGCAUAAAAUCCUCAAGGGUGUUGCUUCAGCACUAUUGUACCUACAUGAGCAAUGGGAGCAAGUAGUUAUACACAGAGACGUGAAGGCCGGCAACGUUCUGUUAGAUGCGGAGAUGAAUGCUCGGCUGGGUGACUUCGGGCUAGCACGGUUAUAUGAGCAUGGAUCGGACUCGCAAACUACCCGUGUUGUGGGGACAUUUGGGUACCUGGCACCCGAGAUGUCCCGCACUGGCAAGGCCACCACUGAGUCUGAUGUCUUCUCUUAUGGUGCUGUGUUACUAGAGGUGGCUUGCGGGCGUCGGCCAAUUGAUGGACAGAGGCCGCCGGAAGAGAUCAUUCUGGUUGAUUGGGUGUGGGAGUGCAUUAAGGGAGGAAAGCUCUUGGAUGUUGUUGACCCCAGGCUUGAAGGUUGCUUUGAUAUUGGGGAGAUCACAAUGGUGUUGAGGUUAGGCUUGUGGUGUUCUCACCCAGUGCCUACUCUCAGGCCAAGUAUGAAGCAAGUGUACCAGUAUUUGGAUGGUGAUGUCCCAUUCCCUGAGAUUUCAGUCACCAAAAUGGUUGUACAAGAGAAGAAAAACGACCAGUAUUCGUUCCUGGAGACGUCUUACCGUCAUGACCCCUCAAGCAGCUCUUCUGCAGACACUGCAAUCCUGUUAUCUGGAGGUCGUUGAUCCGCCAUUUUCAUCCAUUUAAAUUUACUCUUCAUUUUUCUUUUUCGCUGUAUUUUUUUUUUUUUAAGUCACUACAAUGUGUAUAAAAGAAAAGAUAAAGUUUAUAAGGAGGGGUCCAACUGCAGGACAGCAAAGCCAGCAUAACUAAACUCUUGAAUGCAAAAGGGUUUGCUCUGUUC